UCGCAGCCUCAAUCUCUCCACGACAGCUUUCUAGUUCAUCUAUUCAAUCCGUUUAUUAGGAGCCCUUCUCAUACGAUGAGCAGCUCAACGUCCGGCCGAAAUUCGCGAGGAAACUCGAGCAACCCUCGCCCUGGCCAAUCUCCAUUCCCCCAAUCUUCGGCGCUCGUUGUCCGGCCAAGGCAGGUCUCGGAUGCCAACGAGGCCCAGACUCCUUAUACAAGCCGGUACGCGAACAACUUCAACCGCACCGACGCUAGAUACAGCGCCAGAAGUGAGGCAGCCAGUUCCUCGUACAGUCAAUACAGCUAUUACUUUGGCCGCCGAGACCCCAGCCCGCCUCCGCCCCGCGUUCCCCUUCUGCCCCGUGCUGCAGCACCUUCUUCCCGACAACGUGCGGCUAGUCCCCCUCCUCCUCGGCAGUCGCCAUCUCCGCCUCCAGAAGAGGUCCCACGGCGAGAAGAGCCUACACCUAGACCCGAGGCGGAGCAGCAGCAGGAUAGCCAGAAUUCUUCCUCCUACAAGGAGCGUAUCAACAUCAGUUUCGAUGGCCCUGGAGUAUCUUGGUCGUGGAACGUUAACGGAGGCGGCAUGGAGGCUGGCGGUGUUCCGUUUGGAGGGGACUCAAAUCAGGGUCGCACAUUUCAGGGUCGGGCAUUUCAGGGUAGCCCAUUUGGCUUUUCCGCAGGACCAGUGAACUUUGGGCGGUCGUUUCCUAUUAAUCUACCAUUCGGGUUGUAA